AGAGAAACUCGCCAACCUGUUAGACCACCUACAGCAGAGGCUAGAGCAACCGGUGAUCUCGGCCCGCCAAGUCGCAAGCUUGGCGGGACAACUGAAUGCAUGCCUAAUGGUACUGCCGGAGGGUUCCUUUUAUAUCAGGAACCUUCAAACAGAUUUGAGACGGGCCCUACAGAGAGGUACAUACACGACCACUCUUACACUAUCCAGGGACACGCGGCAGGACUUAGCGUGGUGGAUCCGAGCACUGAGGAAGACCCCAAGGGGCCAGAUCAAGACACCCCCAGUAGUACAGACGAUACAGUCGGACAGCUCGCUGAAGGGGUGGGGAGCAUGCUCGGAGGGGUGGACGAUCGGGCAUCACUGGACACCACUCCAAUCCACUUGGCACAUCAAUGCCCUGGAGCUGAUGGCAGCCUUCCUGGCCCUUCAGGCGCUGGCAAAGAAUGUGUCUCGGGGCUCCAUCCUCCUCGAGCUAGACAACACAGCAGCAGUAGCGGCCAUCAACAGGAGGGGCAGCACCUGCUCUCCACAACUCACCAGGAUAGCCCACGAGCUAUGGUCGUGGUGUUGGGCGAGGGGAAUAUCAGUCAGGGCGCAACAUAUUCCGGGGCACAUGAACACGGAUGCAGACCAAGCAUCCAGGAGAGUGAUGGAUGCCAGCAGUUGGAAGCUGUGCCCGUUCACAUUCAGCAGGAUCAACUGUCUGUGGGGCCCCGUGCACACGGACCUUUUUGCAGACUUCUCCAACCACCAGGUGAGGCACUACUACAGCUGGAAGCCGGAUCCUCAGGCGGCAGCAGUGGAUGCUCUCAGCCAGGACUGGACGGGUCAGGGCCUCUAUGCCUUCCCACCGUUCAGCCUUGUGAGCAGAUGCAUUGCCAAGUUGCAGAGCUCCAACAGUCCGCUCAUUCUAGUAGCUCCAGUUUGGCCAUCUCAGCCAUGGUAUGCCUCGCUGCUGCACCACUCAUACGAGGAACCGCGUCGUCUUCCCCAAUCACACGACCUACUGCGCAGCCACGACGGGCAGGUACAUCCAAUGCUCAGCACGGGGAGCCUGACACUAGCAGCAUGGAGACUGACCAACUCCAGCAAACUCAUAGCCAACUUUCGGAGCAGGCUGCACACCUCAUUGAGGCAUCAUGGAGGCGGGGAACACAGCUCACCUACACCUCUUGCUGGCGCAGGUGGGAACGCUGGUGCCAUUCAAGGACUGUUGAUCCCUUUUCUCCCACUUUAACACAGGUGCUCAACUUCCUCGCUAGCCUCUUUAAGGAGGGCCUGGCGUAUCGCACUAUAGGGUGUUACCGUUCUGCCUUGUCUCAGAUCUUGCAUAACUUUGACGGUUGCCCUCUAGGGGAACACCCAUCAGUUGUGCGCCUUAUGAAGGGAGUGUUUAAUUCUAACCCCCCCAAACCCCGAUACCCCACAACUUGGAGGGUUGAAACGGUGACAACCCUCCUGCAGUCGUGGGGUCCUAACAAGGAUCUUAGCCUCAAGAUGCUUACUAGCAAGCUAGCUAUGCUAUUAGCCCUUGCCUCAGCAGGCAGGACGUCAGACUUGUGCCUGCUUUCAACAUGCCACAUCCGUAAACAAUCCGCGGGUUGGGAGCUUGGGCUCAGUGGCCUCAGAAAGACUUCUGGGGCAUCUAAACCCCUUCCCACCCUCUUCUUCCCAGCAUUCGAAGAGGUUCGGGAAUUGUGUCCAGUGGAAUGCUUGCAGGUGUACCUCGAACGAACUGCAGGUUUUCCGAGCUUGUUCAUAACGUACGGUGAAAUUUAUGAUUUACAAAAUUCCGGAAGAAUGAUGACUAUCUUCGAGUGUGCAAAUGAUGAUUAG